CUGCUCACGAUUGAAAAUUCAGACCGUGAGCACCAGGAGGACCAAAUUGAUUAAGCGAUAUAUUGAGGCACAAACGUGUCUAGUACUAGUUGAAGUUCUCUUGCUUUUCAACAGGAUCUGCAUUGUUGUGACAUCAGCAUCGGCACGAGUUCUAUCUUCGAAUGUUGAACAUUUUCGCGACCCUUCUGUAGUUCUACUUGUAACAGCCUGCAGAAUGACGGACGGUCUGGACGCCGACGAGUUGUUUAACUCAACUUGCACGGGCUACACGUAUGAUGACCUUACAUUAAUCCCUGGCCACAUGGAUUUCACGGAAGAUGAAAUCGCGUUAACAACGAAGUUGACGAAAAAUCUCACGUUGCGGUCACCCGUUGUGUCCUCACCCAUGGACACGGUCACGGAGUUAUCAGAGUUGUGCACAAUUGCCCCUCGUCCCCUUUCUUUGUCAUGCAAAAGCACAAAUCCUGUUUCUGAUUGAAUCUGCCCUGUGGCACUAUUUGCAUAUAAACAAAUUGUAAAACAACCCCAAAUUUUACUACACUCGGCGCAGAAUCUUGCCAUGCACCACAGGCUCCAUGUUUACUCGUGCCUCUGUUGCUACUCUUCGUGCCGUACAAAUCGAAAGGUGGGGCGGAACAAAAGGGAGUAGUUGUGCACUCUGAUAGAUAUCCGAGAUGGCCAUCGCAAUGGCGCUGAUGGGCGGGAUAGGGAUCAUUCACAAUAACAACAGUAUCGAAGAGCAGGUCGCGGAGGUGAAAAAAGUCAAAAGGUACUACAAAGCUGUUUAUUGUGCAGGAUUUUUUUCUCAACAUCUUCGUUCUGAAACAAUAAAAGCACGCUAAGGCGGUCUGCCGGUCCGAGAGACCGUUCUGAUAUACCUGGGAACCUACUGUACAUGCAGCUUCGCGAGCAGCCAAGAAGAAAUUAAAAUUUGGCAUGCAACCUGAUGUACCUGGGAACUACCGCGAAAAAAAUUGUCAUGCAAAAUGGAACAUGAUUGCCUGCGGAAACGGAUACACAGGUUUGAAAACGGAUUCAUCAUGGACCCGUUUGUCCUCUCACCCGAGCACACCAUCGCAGACCUGGAGAAGCAGCCAUAUUCCAGUGCACCUAUUACGGCUAAUGGAAAGAUGGGAUCGAAGCUGCUCGGUACAGGAGCUGUUCGGCUUUUUUUACCACUUGUAUGACCACGACGGAAAGGAAAAUAAUAAUCCUGAUCUGUAUUUUUCUGCUUCUGUUUUUUUUUCUGCAUACGCCUGCAAAAACUACGGGAGGCGUAUUUUGGUACACCUACACAAAAAGUCAAAAACAACAGGUAUCGUCACUUCCCGCGACAUGGAUUUCAAGAAAGAGAAAAAUUUGAAAAUGGGCGACAUACUAUGAAGAGUUACAGCACGAACCCAACCACUAGUGCCUCCCUGGAGUCGCGUCAUCCCCUGUUCGAAAGACUUACUUAUGCAGGAAGCUCCGCUGGUGUAGUUGUACUUACUUCGAAAAAUUCUGGUGCUGCUGUCCUUUCAUGAAAUUUUUUGUAGCCUUCGUGCUAGAGGAGGACAAAAAUGAGCCUCUGAAGGCGAGGGUCAAUCUCAAUGGUCGGUCGUGGUCGGAAAAAAUGUUCCAAUAUCUAUACCUCAUGACCAGCAACCUAGUCGUCGGCAAGGAGCCCAUCACACUGCAGGAAGCCAACCGGUUGUUGAAGAGGUCAAAGAAGGGCAAGCUGCCGAUUGUGAACCAAACGGGGGACCUAUCCUAUGUAAAAACGUACCCACACCAUAGUUGCCACGCAAAUCUGCAUGCUUAAAAUGUUUCUCAUGCGGAGCCCCAUGAGGAGCAUUUUCUAAUGGUGUUUUGAAAUUUGUCAUGCUCCAAUAAGCAUGAGAGACUAGAUCUGUAAUGCUGCUGAACUAGCUCAAACAGCACUACACUACGCGUCCAAAUUUGUCAUGCGAAACAGCCAAAGCUUGUGGAUUUGUCUAGCCCGGCCACCUUGACUAUGGGGUGGGUACGUUUUUACAUAGGAUAGGACCUCGUGGCGCUCAUCAGCCGAAACGACUUGAAAAAGAACCAGAUUUUCCCGUUGGCAAGCAAGGACGCCAAUAAGCAACUGCUGGUCGGGGCCGCGUAUGAAAUUGUCAUCUUGCAAAUUUGUGAAGAUAUCGUUUACAAAUAUGUUGACAAUUUUCUUUCAAAAUCGUAUCUAGACGAGGAGACUCUUGUUCAAUUUGUGAUGCAGCUGAUUUAGGCUGGGAUCCACGAAGACUUGUAUUGCGUGCAUAAUUGCAGCUAGUACUGCGAUAUCACUACUUUUGCAAAGGAUACCGGCUGUUCCACCAGGCCGGAGGACGAAAAGAGAGUGGCGAAGUUGGUGGAGGCAGGGGUAAGUACUUCUGUUCAGGAAAAGUGGAAUUUGUCAUGCCGUGUACUGCAAACAGGAUCAGAUUUGUGAUUAUGCGUGGCAAAACCGUUCGCACACGUACGAAGUGCUGCUGGAUCAAACAAAAUCAAACCAAGGUGGACGUCAUCGUACUAGACAGUUCGCAGGGGGAUUCCAUCUGGCAGGCGCAGUUUGUGCGGAAAAUCAAGGGCUUUUACCCGCAGCUGGACAUCGUCGCGGGCAACGUAGUGACGCCCAAACAGGCGCAGACGCUAUGCGACGCGGGGUGUGACGGCAUCCGAGUCGGGAUGGGGUCCGGCUCCAUUUUAUUGUGAAGAAAAAUCCCCCCUCCCCAUAUCGAAAAGGUGUGCUUUUCAAAAUUUGUGAUGCUGAUUUGUGGUCACAAAUCGAGUCUGUCUUGCAAGAGAGCAAAGCCAGGGCCUCCGCUGCAUUUCGCAGGCGAUUUGUAAUGCUGCUACGCUACUAGGGCAGACGUCUGCCAUGCUAAGUACCCACCGCAAGCCACCCCUUUCCGGGCUUUGUAUCUGUCUGCAGUCCCCAACCGCAAGACAAAUCCGAUUUGUGUACACAUAUCCUGCGUCACAGAUUUCCAUUUCGAUAUGGGAAGGGGGGACUUUUCCUUUUUAUACAUUUGCACGACGCAAGAGGUGUGCGCAGUGGGGAGGCCACAAGGCUCUGCCGUCUAUCACGUCUCGAAGUUUUGCCGGGACAAGUAGAAUGCGAUUGUUUUUUUCUUCAGGAAAAGUAAUUACAUGAAGAUAGAUUGUAGAAAUUGCAAUUGGCUUUGAGCGUCCUCUAGUCCGUACAUGACAGUAAUUACACGACAGUAGUUUCACUCGGCCCGCCACAGAAAGCGCAGCAUCAUGAGUCAGUUUAGAAAUGGACAAGGGCCUGCGCCUACGCCAAGGGCAAAUUCAAUACAAGAUGAAGUAUACACCAUUUUGAUGGUUCUCGCACAUUUUCAAAACCUCUCUUAGGUACAACGUCCCUGUAAUCGCGGACGGAGGUAUCCAGAAAUAUCCACAGUAAAGUUCCCGUACACGUACAAAUGUGGCUUGCGCAUGACAAAGUUUUCCUUCAAACCUCUUCUUCAGCAUGACAAGUAGCUUCUUCUAAGUUCUUGGUGAAAUUUGUGAUGCAUUUUUUACAUGUACGGAUGAAAAUUUGUAUUGCAUAAGAAAUCCGGGCACAUCAUGAAGGCCCUCACCCUCGGCGCUUCGGCCGUGAUGUGCGGGUCCAUGCUCGCGGGAACCGAGGAAUCCCCGGGCCAGUACUUUUUCCACGACGGGGUUCGCAUGAAGUGCUACCGGGGGAUGGGCAGCAUCGAGGCCAUGACGAAAAAAGACACGGAAAACAAUAUUACAAUGAAAAAUGCCUCCACCCCAGAACUACUUGGGAGCAUUUGUAUUGCAAACCUUUCCAAAUGAAACACGCGCCCUCUUGCAUGUAUCACCAUCACACAAGAUUUUCAAUCGUGAAUAGCAAAAAUCUGUAAAAAUGCAAAAGAUCCCAGCAAGAGCGGCGCUUGUCAUGCAAGCGAUGCUCUAUACACCUAGACUUCGCAUCAGAAAGAUUCAUAGUCCUUCCAUGCAUGACAAAAAGGUUUCAUUUGGAAACUUCGCAUCACAAAUUAUUGCAAAUUUGGGGAUGGGGGCCUUUUUCACUGCAAUAAACAAGAGCGCGUCCGGAAAUUCGAAAGCCAGCGGCACGGGCCAAACCGCGGGGAUUACCUCUGGUUCCGCAACGCGGUACUUCGCCGAGGGGCAGAAAAUCAAGGUGGCGCAGGGGGUUUCCGGCGCGGUCAUCGACAAAGGGUCCAUCCAGGAUUUGAUCCCGUUCAACUUGCUGGGUGUGAAUAUGCAUUGCAAGCAUGUCUGGGUCUGGAAGGUUGCAGCUUGUCAUGCGAAGUUUUGAUCACAAAAAAAUCUUCUGUGUUGCAUGAACGCCAAGAGUUGCCCGCUUCUUGCUGGGAAAAGCGCGGACUUCUCACGCGGGAUAGGCGUGUGGAGGGUCUCGCAAAUAAAUCUGUGAUGCUUCUGUGUGCAUUUCAGAACAUGUGGGUGGUCCGCGAGAUGCAUGACCAAUCUUGUAUCCUUCCAGACCCAGACAUAUUUGCAGGGGAUAGGGAAAGCCGGGCUGCUAAAACUGGGCGUGCAGGACAUCCCACUAUGAACUGCAAAAGUUAAAGUAUCGUACUCGUAUAAAUGCAAUACAAAUUUCCCUAGCAUGAGAAAUAAAAUUUGUAUUGCUGAUUUGCCUUGAUAAAGAAGUUUGUAAUGCAAGACCUGCAUUCAUACGAGUACGAUACUUUUGCACAGCAUACCCACAACUGCACGACAAUCUGUACAAUGGCACCACGAGAUACGCUAUCAACUGUAAAAAUGUCUGGGUCUGGAAGAAUGCAUGUUUGUCAUGCUUGUCUGGCAUG